AUGGCCAAGGCGACCAUCAAAGAAGUGCCUGCCUCUGACAGUGAGGAAGAGGAGCCCAGGUCGGCCAAGAAGUCCACGUCUGCGUCCAGAAACGCGUCAGCGAACAAAGGACACGCCUCGGACGCGGUGGCGGCGGAAGAGGAGGAAGGCAGUGGCUCUGACGGGGAGGAAGAGGAGGAGUACGAGAUUGAGGCCAUUUUGGACGCGAAACACGGGACGUUCCCCGGGGGCAGAGUAGGCUACCUCGUCAAAUGGAAGGGCUAUGGCGAGGAGCACAAUAGCUGGGUUGACGAGAAAGACGCAGUAGGCGCAAAGGAGCUCAUCGACGAGUAUUGGAAAAAGGUAGGCAAGAAGCGCAAGUCAGACGCGAAGCCCAAGCCCGCGGUGAAGCCUCCAAAGUCGAAAGAGGAGUCGGACGAGGAGCCAGCUCAGCCCGCCAAGAAGCGUGGCCGGCCUUCCAAAGGGCAGACCAAGCCUGUAGAUGAGGACCAAGACGAGGACAUGGAGGACGAGGCACCGAAGAAGAAGCCGCGAAAGAGCACAGGGGGAGCUAGUGCGAAGGGCACAAAGCGCGGCGCGGCGGCCGCGGGGGAACUUGACGAAGAGAGUAACUACGCGGACAUGUCCAAGUGGAAGGAUCUCGCCACUUGGGAACAUCUCGUCCAGUCAAUUGACACCGUUGAGCGCACGGAAAACAACACGUUGUUGGUUUACUUCACGCUGAAAAAUGGUAAAGGACAAGGAAGAGAGACAUCAGACGUUUGCAAGAAAAAAAUACCUUACAAACUCAUCGAGUUCUACGAGAGCAAUCUCCGAUGGAAGCAGACAGACGAAGACGCUAUGGAGGAGUAA